AGGGCCUGGACGAGUGCUCCAGGCCCUGAGAACCGGCUCGUCAGGCUUUUCCUUGCUAUAGGCGGGGCGGCUCUCCACCCAACCCUUCUUUCAAAAUGGUGAUGGCGAAGUCGGGGGCCAGUAGGGAUCCCACCGCCUACUUCCGUUCCGCCAGACUUUUGCCCGCGCUGAUCACAUUCCUGGGGCUGGGAUACUUCGCGUGGGUUGUCUUCUGGCCUCAGAGUAUCCCUUAUCAGAGCCUUGGGCCGCUGGGCUCCUUCACCCAGUACUUGGCAGGCCACCAUCACACUCUCCUGCGCUAUGGAUACUGGCUUGCCUGGCUGAUUCACAUUGGAGAGUCCUUAUAUGCCAUGGUACUGUGCAAAUACAAGGGAAUCACAAACCCCCGGGCUCGGCUACUCUGGUUCCUACAGACUUUCCUCUUCGGGGUGGCAUCUCUCUCCAUCUUGAUUGCCUACCGACCAAAGCACCAAAAACGCACAUAAAGGAGCUGGCCCUUCCAACCUAGUUAAGACCACCUGGCUGUUCAUUUUUCUUUCACAUUCUCUGGUUGAGCUUGGAUAGGGCAGUGUUAUGUAGGAGAGAAAUAAGAAACAACUGUGGCUCUCCAUUUCCGCAGCCUCAACUGUUAGGCAGUGGCUUCGGCCACCUUGAACCGUGCCCUCCCUGCGCUCUCCUGUUACCUGGGCGAAGGCACAUGUUGCAUUUGCUGGCCGGGGUACAUUGCUCCCCACCCUCACUACUACCAUCUCCACUCUCCUUUCCCAAGUGCUUUUCCCCUCUUCUGGACCAAGUGACACUUGCACAGUACAUCAUUCCACAUACAUUUAUCAGGCACCUGUGAGGCAGGGUCCUCAUCCUCUCAAACUGCAAGGAAAGCCAAGGAAGACAGGUGCCCAUCAUGGGGCCGGCUGAGCGACUGCACGGAGGCCCAGGCUCGUUCCUAGCCGGAAGUAACCCGUCCCUGCACGUGGCCCAUGGGACAGACCACCGGGUAGUGGCAGGAUCUGGUGGGCACAGCGAGAUUGUUCAGUACCUCAGGGCCACACAGUAGACCCUGUGACAUUUCCCCAGCGGGUGUCCUGUUCCCCCACCAGCCCUGGGGCUCCUUGCAUGUUACUCGACAGAGGAAGGAUGCUCUUCUCGCUUUCCAUGUCCCUGGCAUUCCAGUUUUAUGCCAGACCUGCUGAAGCCACUCAGUGUCUCCUCGUGUCAACAGAUAGGCACAAUCCUGCCUUCGACUACUGAGGUCGCCUUUCCUCUGGGGGAAGCCUAGAUCUUUUUCCUGCUUUCCUACUCUCAGUGGCUUUCUCCUUCCUGCAGUGGAUUCCUUAGUCACACACCAUCCUGUUCUAGAGAUCCACUCCCAUGUGUUACCCAGCUCAUCACUGCCUCCCUCUGCCCAAGAACCACCAGCAUCUUCUCUGGGGAGGCUUCCUCAUUUUCCCUUCCAUGAUACAGUGGGGCCGCAAACAUAUAU